AUGUCCACAGCUGCUAAUCCAAGUAAGAUUCAUGAGAUUGCUAAUUUAGCUGCCUUUAAUGAAUUUAUUAAAUCAGAUAAACUUGUCGUGAUUGAUUUCUAUGCUACUUGGUGUGGACCAUGUAAAGCCAUCGAACCAAUCAUCGAUGCUUUAGCUGAAAGAUUACCAGAAGUUAAUUUUGGUAGAGUUGAUGUAGAUCAAGCUCAAGAUGUUGCUCAAGAAUAUGGCGUAACUGCUAUGCCAACUAUUUACUAUUUCAGAAAUGGAGAAAGAUUAAAUUAUGUCGUUGGAGCUGAUCUUCCAAAGAUUGUUGGUUUAGUCCAAGAUUAUACUAAAAUUGAUAUUAGUUCUAGAUAG